AUGGAGGUGCCAAAAUCGAAAUCGAGCGACACGGAUAAUAUAAACCAGAAGGCAGAUGUAUUCGGAGUCGCUAUCGUAGCGGUCUGUCUUGUUGUUCCGACAAUCCUGGGCCGGAUAUAUGUGCGGACUCGGGUUCUAUAUUAUUUUGGCAUCGACGAUAUAUUUAUGAUACUCUCUGGAGUGUCAGUGGUAGCUGCAGCGACUUAUUCGAUAUUAACGGUAACCGGGGGAAACUACGGAACCGGCCAGCAUAUGUUCGAAGUCAGUCGGCAAGAGUUGAUAAAUUUCUUCAAAUCCGUAUAUAUCUGGGAGGUUGGCUACUGUGUAGCCUUGCUUUUUAUAAAACUAUCCAUUGUUACGUAUUAUAAUCGUCUCCAACCCUCAAGGCUCUAUCUUUUCACCUUGGUUGUUAUUGUCACUGGCAGUACCAGUUUCCUUCUCACAAACAUUCUCCAGUGUUGGCCGAUAUCUGCUGCAUGGGACCCGGAUGCAUUACCGAAUGCGUCGCACAGCGAUGCGUGUAUUAAUGAUACUGUUUUCGCGUAUUGUUCCGCGGCUUUCAACAUCAUUACUGACUUCUGGAUCUGGGCUUGUUGUGUGCGAAUGUUAAGAAACCUCCAAGUCGCCGUCAAAAAGAAAAUCGAAAUUAUGACUAUUUUUUCCCUGGGAUUACUUGCAUGUGGAGCUUCCAUAGCACGUCUUUUCACAAUACAUAACUUCUAUGGGACCUCAGAUAAAACUUGGGCAAUUGUCCCGAUUAUGACGUGCUCCUUCCUCGAACUCGCCCUGGCUAUUGUUGCAGCCUGUUUACCGACACUCAAGCCAGGAUUCAGUAAAUUAUCAAAUUGGGCUCAAAAACAGCCUGCAUGGAUACGAACAGUCAAGUUCUGUUCGAAAAUCCCAACAUUGAACGGUCGAAGGAGGUCUGGUGGGUCGUCUAUGCCUGGUCGCCGACGGAGCUCGAAUACAUCAAUUGUUGCUAUAGGGGUCAAUGGAAAAGCCCAUUCUGAGCCCGGGAGAGAGAGCCCAAUGUCCAGAAGACUCUCCACCAUUAAGAGCAUGGUAGAGAGGGAUAAUAGGCCAAACGGCAACCAUAAAGAACCGGCCUUAUCAGAAAUUGGAAGAUGGGGUCUGAAGAAUAACGACUUCUGCAGGCAUUUAGAAAUGCAACACGAUCUCCCACCAGCGAUACCAGAAAUGCAGCCAGAGAGGAGUUUGAGCGAGCAUUAUCUAGGCAAUGGCGGUCUCGUACCAAAGGGGUUACCAUGA